CGCGCCGAAAGUGACAAGUGGCGAUGUUAAUCGGGCCAGCAGCGUAGGUCGUCGGCAAAACUUCAGCUGAUCGUGAAAUCGAUCUCGCUUUCUUCCGCGUGUCAUCGGGUCCAGAGCACAACACCCGAAGCAUGACAAUGGGAGAAGAGUCUCCUGUCUCGUCCCUCGUGCUUCCAGUGCUGAUUCGUCCUAUAUUGGACAAAUUGGAAAGAAAAGAUCUAGGGGCAGCCCAAACUUUAAAAGGAGCCGUCACCAAGGUUGAAAUGGAACAUCCUGGCUUUUUGUAUGACCUUGUAAUGGGACUGAUUAAAGAGACUGAUGUUUCCGUGAAUGUCACAGAGUGCCUGCUGAAACUUCAAGGGUCGAUUCCUGACAAUGAAGACCUGAAGUGCUCUAGGACAGAGGAUGCUUUCCAAGAAUUCAACCGGCGUGCGUCAUACCUCAAGAAAGUUCUCAGUCGAAUCCCUGAUGAAAUCAAUGAUCGCAAGACAUUCUUGGACACAAUUAAGGAGAUCGCCAGCGCAAUCAAGAAGUUGUUGGAUGCUGUUAAUGAUGUUUCCACCUAUAUUCCAUCUCCAUACAGGAAGCAGGCAUUGGAACAUCGAAAACGGGAGUUUGUAAAGUACUCCAAGCGCUUUAGUAACACCCUAAAGGAAUUCUUCAAGGAGGGGCAGGUACAGGCAGUUUUUGUGAGUGCAGUGUACCUCAUCUACCAAACAAACCACAUUAUGGUCACCGUCAAGAAUGAAUGUGACUAAGGGCAAAUGCUGAGGAUAAUUGCCAGCUUUCUGAAUGCUGGUAAGGCGUCAGCUUCAUAGUCCACGUGGAUGUCAAGGAAGUAGAGGUGGUUGCCAGGGAUCAGUUGUGGUGCAGUCAUGGCUGACGGUGACAGUGCCCAAAUCCCAUCAGUGCUGUGGCUGAGACCCGAUUGUGUUGCAUUCGCAUUUACACUGUAUAGUGGAGCUACAGGGAGGGACACUAACAAGAGCUUUCCCACACACACGAAUGUGUGAUAUAACACCAACAUUGUGUCAGUGGGCCUUGUCUCACUCGCCUACGUUUCUUUGGUUGUGAACUCCUGCAUUUUCAUUUAAUUUGUUCAUCAACGAACCUAAUCAGAAGGAACUGGCAUUACCUGCUCACUAAGUUCCUUCUUUAAUAAAUAAUUUUCUAGCAGUUGUGUAUUUAGAGCAAGCAAUUGUAAACAGGAAUUGUUUUGAAAUGUUACAUUUAGCAUUGAUUGAACAUAUAUGUUUUGUUGACAGUUACAUUUAUGAAAUGAUUUUCAUGAAUAACUAACCAGUGGCUUUUUUGGAAGGUUAGUUUUGCCAGGACAGAAAUGUGUAAUUGUUAAAAAGGGUAUUUAAAAGUGGGGUUUCUUUUGUGGUGGUAGUCUCGUAGACGAGAGCAGCUGGCGCAAGGGUGCAGAUUAUGAAUGGCAGCUGUUACGGGUGCCCAUUCUUUAAACAUAUCCGACAGGCUUCAGCUGCCAACUAGCUGUUUCUGUGCAGUUGUUAACUGCAGAGCAUGUUGCUUGUACUAGCUUAAAUAUACUGACAUUUCUUUAAUUAAAGAAAGUUACCUUUCAUUGAAGCCUGUGAAUGCAUGUACUUACCCUGGUCGGCAAUUUCACUAAAUCAAUAUGUUUAGUGCAAGUCUUCUAAAGGCAACAGUUGUAAUAUAUUCUCACUAUUCAAAUGCACAUGAGCAACUUUAAAGUGUUCUUCCUGGAAAUUUGCUUGCCUGUGUAAUUGAUUCUUGAAUGAUGCACUUUCCAAUAUGGCCACAUGUAAUUUUGUUACCAUAGAGUGCAAAAACAAAGCCUCUGUUAUGAAAGGGAAGAACAGGUCGCAACACAUAACAGAGCAAUAGAUUGCAGAGACAGUUGUGGAAACUAAAGUUAAUUUCUAGCUGUUUGCCAAAAUUACUUUUAUGACCCCCUGUGGUCUUGUAAAAUGGGCAAAAAGUAACAAUAAUCAAACUCAUGUGCUGGAGAUGGGGGCAGCUCUUUAUUUUUUAGAUACACAAGCUCUUUAAAGCAAGCUUUAAAGCCCAGCUCUACUGCUUUGGGAGUGAGGCAUAUUGUACUGUGACAGCCAAGUGCAACUAUGCAACAUAUGUUGACUGUACUAGCGUUAUUUUCCAUCACCAGUGCAUUCACAUAAGAUGUGGCAUGCAGUUGUUCAUCUUUCCUCCCCCCGGUUGACUGUUGACUGCAUGGGAGACACAGAUGUUGCACGUCCACGUCUCUUCAUUUGGAUGUGACAUUAUUAAAGAAAAUACCUUUA